AUGAUUGGCCGAUUGCGCAUGACGCAUGAUGCGCACAUCGUGGCCGUGAGGCCGCCAUAUAUAUGGGGUUUUAGCGGUGUCAGGGGCCUACAGUGGAUAGGAGUGGAUAGAGUGGAUAGGGGUUUAUAUAAGUACAUUUUUGGUUUUUCGCGGAUUCUACCAUGUCCGGAAUUUCUUUCUUACCUUACCAUUCUUCCUCCGCCCACCCUCCGCACCCCCUCCCACACGCGGCACCCGAAUCAUCCGUCCCACCCGUUCUAUUUAAGUUACCCGGAGCAAUGUAGUUGCUUCUUUCUUUUCCGUCUCCACUCUGCCAUCCUCACCGCCCUCGAUACAACUGGUCCAACCUCAACCGACAACAAGCACCAUCCAUCCACUGAACACCACCCUUGUUUGCCAUGAUCGACUGCACUAACCCCACGUCCCGUUGCCUCGUCCGCUCCGGUUUUCUCCUCGCCGCAACUCUAACACUCUCGCUCACCGCACACUCGUCCGAAGCCAUGCCGCUGCCCUCACCCGCACCGCCUAGCCUUCCAGCCCUGCCGACUGCCGAUCCCAAUCACGAGCUACCGUGGGGAUCAAACUAUUCCUUUCUCACCUUGUGUAUGGUCGUAACUGUCAACGUCGUGUACCUCGUCCGAUGGGUCGUUGAUUGGUGUUGUAACUGUCCCACGCACCCCCUUCGCUCCUCAACUUCGCCAGACAACCGCGACCUCCACCGCUCUUCAACCUCGCCAGACAACCACGACCACCUCCGCUCUUCAACUUCGCCAGACAACCACGUCCUUCCGCCGGCUAUGGCGCAUUCGACAAGGGCGGAGGCCAGUAGAAGUGUGUCCUCCACUGUCGAAGAGACCGUUUCUUCCGUCAACCGCCGAGUCACUUCCGUCGAGCACGUAGUCUAGGGAACGAGACGUUUAGACGCCAUGUCCGUGAGCUCAAUGGGUAGGUCUAUUUUUUUGUUUCAAUUUGUUGAUGGUAUGCCCCGACCCCAGCACACCCAUCUCUUUUGUAAA